AUGAACCAGUCUGAACUGACAACGGACCCGGUGCUCAUUGCCAACAGUAGCCAUGGAGACUUCUUUCCUGGCAGGGCCUCCAACCACUCCUGUCCCUUGGGCUGGGGGCUGAAUGAAGGACUAGAGGCUUGCGUCCUGGAGACUGCUGUCAUUGUACUUUUGACAGUGCUCAUUAUUGCAGGGAACCUAACGGUGAUCUUUGUGUUCCACUGUGCACCUCUGCUACAUCACUACACCACCAGCUACUUCAUCCAGACCAUGGCCUACGCUGAUCUGCUGGUGGGUCUCAGCUGCCUGGUGCCCACCCUGUCUCUGCUCCACUACCCAGCAGGUGUCCAGGAGCCCAUCACAUGCCAGGUCUUCAGCUAUGUCAUCUCUGUUCUCAAGAGUGUUUCAAUGGCCUGUUUGGCCUGUAUUAGUGUGGACCGCUACCUGGCCAUAACUAAACCAUUAUCAUACAACCAGCUGGUCACACCGUGCCGGCUACGGGGCUGCAUCACACUCAUCUGGGUCUACUCUAGCCUGGUCUUCUUGCCCUCCUUCUUUGGAUGGGGUAAGCCAGGCUAUCAUGGGGACAUUUUUGAGUGGUGUGCUCACUCUUGGCCCACUUCUGCCCUCUUUACAGGCUUUGUUGUGUGCUUGCUCUACGCACCUGCUGCGCUUGUGGUGUGUUUUACCUACUAUCAUAUAUUUCGCAUUUGCCAGCAGCACAACAGGGAGAUCAGUGAACGGAGGGCACGUUUUCCCAGUCAGGAGAUGGAGGCUGGUGAGGGUGGUGGUGGUGGACAUCAUGGAGGACAUGGACCAGAUCGGCGCUAUGCGAUGGUGCUCUUUCGCAUCACCAGUGUUUUCUAUAUGUUGUGGCUGCCCUACAUCAUCUACUUCCUGCUAGAGAGCUCCCAUGUGCUAGAUAGUCCUGCCCUCUCCUUCAUCACCACCUGGCUGGCCAUUAGCAACAGCUUUUGCAACUGUGUGAUCUACAGCCUGUCCAAUAGUGUGUUCCGCCUGGGCAUGCGAAGGCUCUCACAGACAAUUUGCUCCUUCAGCCACUGUGCGGCUGAUGACAGGGACUUUGGGGAGCCUAAACCAAGGAAGAGAGCAAACUCAUGUUCCAUCUGAAAGGAUGUCUUUCAAAGGAUGAGGAUACUCCUGGAACCUACAAGUGGGAAGCAUAAAUCUCUACAAGCUGACUAGCUAGUUAAAUCUCAGUUAAAUUGGCAGGGCUCCUUAAAACACAAAACAAAUUCUGUUGUAACAGGCUGUUAGGUGA